AUGACAGGCGAGCUUCACCAUGACAACAUCCAAGAUGACCACGGCACCGCCGAGAUCCGUCCUGCUUCAUCGCGUUCCUACCAGUCCGGUGUGCUUGAUCUCGAGAGGACGCCGACGUCCGAGACGAAAGACCGACUCAAGGGUGAGAAGCCAGAUCUAGCACGCAUACGUUCGACGGUCUCCGCACACGAGAUUCAAGGCGUUCCUACCCGUGACAGCUCAUAUGUUGAGGCAAACGCUGCUCAAUAUGAACGCUUCAGUGAACGACGAAAAAUCGUCAUCACCUGCGUCUUGUCGUUAUGCGGUUUUCUCGCACCUAUUUCCUCUACCACCAUCCUCGCAGCCAUCCCUGAAGUGGCAGCAACCUAUAACACCAAUGGCAGUAUCAUCAACUUGUCCAAUGCGCUUUACCUUAUCUUCAUGGGUCUGUCGCCGAGCCUGUGGGGUCCAAUCUCAAGCAUCUAUGGCCGUCGAUGGUGCUGCAUCAUCACAGCAAUCCUGUUCUUUGCCUUCAGCAUUGGCACGGCUCUUGCCCCCAACCUGGCUUCGUACUUCAUCUUCCGAGUCCUCACAGCAUACCAAGGGACUGCCUUCCUCAUCGUCGGGACGUCUUGCCUCGGGGACAUCUACACCCCAACGGAACGAGCUACGGCGCUGAGUUGGUUCUUGUCGGGGACGCUCAUUGGACCCGCCUUUGGGCCUUUCAUCGGCGGCAUCAUCGUGACAUUCCGGUCGUGGAGAGACAUUUUCUGGUUGCAAUCCGCGCUCGGAGGGCUCGCGGCGAUAAUGGUCAUUUUCUUACUGCCGGAGACGAUCCCCAAGAAGAAGAUCGAUGAACUUCGGGAGUUAUCACGGAAGCAACGGACACUCCACGUCUUGCACUGGGUGUCGCCUCUCCGCGUCUCGAUACUGCUCUUCUCCUACCCAAACUUGAUCAUCGCGGGCCUGGCGUCGAGCUCCCUAGUGUUCAAUAUGUAUUCGCUGCUUACGCCGAUUCGCUUUGUGCUUAACCCACGUUUCCAUCUCACGUCACCGAUCCAGUCAGGUCUUUUCUACAUUGCCCCAGGCUGUGGGUACCUGUUGGGCACCUUCUUUGGCGGACGUUGGGCUGAUCACAUUGUCAAGAAGUGGAUUCGCAAGAAGAACCGCCGUGUUGCUGAGGACCGCCUGCGGUCGUGCUAUGCAUUCAUUGGCGGUGUUAUCCCUGCUUGCAUGCUCAUCUACGGCUGGUCAGUGGAGAAGGCAGUGGGGGGCGUGCCAUUGCCAGUGGCAGCCAUGUUUGUCCAGGGUGUCGCACAGUUGUUCUGUUUCCCGAGUCUCAACACGUACUGCCUGGACGUGAUGCAAGCAAGGGGGAUGUCCGCAGAGGUCGUCGCGGGAAAUUACAUGAUUCGGUAUGCAUUUGCUGCACUGGGUUCCGCCAUCUGUCUGCCAGCCAUCGAGGCGAUUGGUGUUGGCUGGUUUAGCACGAUAUCUACGGGCUUUCUGAUCAUCACUGCGGUCGGCGUGUGGGCGACGACCGUAUGGGGUGAGGGUUGGAGACAUGCUGUUGAUGACCGGAAAAAGAAGAAGAGAAGCGAUAGGGCUGCGCAAAAGGCCAGCGAAAAAGGCGGGCAAGAAGGCGUAUGA